AGCAACUUACUGGUGCCAUUAGAGCUACAGAAAACAGACAAACUGGGUUCACACCAAAUUUCAUGGUUUUUGGCAAGGAAAAUAGUCAACCUAUUGACCUAGUUUUGGGUCUUGAUGCACCUAACAGGACUAAAGAACAAAAAGAGCUAACAGAUUAUAUCAAGAUUCUUAGAGAGACGCUGACAGAGGUACAUGUCCUUGCCAGGGAAAACAUUAAAAUGGCUCAGUGGAGACAGAAGAGAGAUUAUGACCUGAAUGUCAAUUGUAAGAAUGGAAGAGGAAGAGCUAGACUAUGAGCCAGAAGAAGAGGAAGUGGGUGUGCUGAAAGAACAGAUAGAAAAGGAAGGGUGUUUGCUGAAAGAACAAAGAAUUAAAGGUAGCAGUAAUAAUAAAAAAAGAUCAAGACCAUGCUGUAUAUGCUCUGGUAGGUUUGUGAAUGUAAGAAGACAUGUACUUCGGGCUCAUGUACCCUGGUAUACUGCACCUCUGUUGGCAUGUUGGACCUGUCAACUUCAAUUUGGCCAACAGGGUGCAUUUACUAUACAUUGCAACGACUAUCACAACUCAGAGCAGACACAUGGGUAUAAAGAGGAAUUUUUGGUUGACUGGGUUGAAUUGAUGAAUGGCUUACUCAUAGAACUUUGUCGUCAGUUCGCGGUUUCCACACUGGACAAAUUGGUAACAUUCGCCAGGGAGAUGUCCACUCUAGAACAGUGUGACAAAGCAACCUUUCAUCAAACAGACCUGCCGUUUCUGCUAAAUUUCAACAGGAUAAACCAUUUUCACUCAUCAUCAGCUUACACGGUCUUUCCACCAUCAAACAUACAUUCUCUCUUACACUGGAAAGUCUUAGCUUUAUUAAUUAAAUCAUCCGAGGAUUCCGAAAAUUUACUUUCAUAUAAUUGUAAAUUGUCUCUAUGUAAAAUUACUUCACAUCCGAUACACACAGUUAUUGACACACAUUUUCAUUGGGACAAAUUCUUCCUACAAGCCAGAUUUUCUGGCUUGCCUUCAUACAUUUGGGAAGAACAAGAUAAUGAAAAAUUUCAGAUUAGAAAAUUAAUAUCAAAUUUUGUUUUUCCAAGUCGAUGGACAGCUUGCCUAGAUGGGGAUUUGUUAAGGGAGGAUAAGAGAAUUCUCCACACUAUUGGAAUCCAUCCGAAGGUAGCAGGGAACCAGGUGGGUCGGAACUUUAAUGAGUUGAAAAGAAGAAUCCCAGAGAGAAGGGGGAAGAAUGUUGUAAUCGACUUGUCCGGAUCUGAUAUCACCGAAACCGGACAUUGACUUAUAGUGCGACUGUCAACUUCCUGUGGUGAGUACUUUGAUCAUUGCAGAAUAACCAGAGAGCUUGAUGAAGACAGACGUCUAACCCUCAACUCGUAUCUGCCAUUUGCCAUACACGUACUUGGAUAACUCAAGGUAA